CGGUCAUCGCGAACAAUCCCCUUUCGUUUUCGAAGCACGGCGAUGGCUCGUAGGAACAGCAUCCGAAGACAUUUUCGCGGACCCCUGGGGUGGUAGCGAUUCACCAUACUCUUACCGCGUUUCUUUUAGGACAAGGGGAACACAUUCUCAUCUGUAGACUACGGGGCAGAAUAAGUUAUCACUUGGAUCUCCGUGUUCUCAGACCUACAUCCUGGUCCUCUUAGUGAAUAUGUUUUAUCUUUUUUUCGGAAAGUAAAGACUGUUUGGAUUGUUUUGCCUCACUUUUUGCCUGCUGUACUUGUCAGUAACAAGUUAUGUAAUAUCUCCAUUCAACUUUAGGCCAUAUUUAAUUCACAAAAAGCCUUUUAGAGGGGGAAAUUGAUUAUAUUAGAUUUUCUGAACUGAUUUUCCGUCUCUGCAGUCAUGUUGUCAAGUUAGAUUCCAUAUGCAGAGAAAACAAGGGCGACUUGAUCAUAUAACGUUAUCUCUAAACAUAAACAAAACAUUAUCUUGAAGAAAGCCUCGAUCUUUCUGCAGCUCAGUUGAUGUUGCUCUAGCAGCCUAGGAGACGUCAUAGGUCCAGACUGGAGGGUGCAACAGGGAUUCCGCUCAGGCAGGAAAGGGGAUUUCUUCUACCGCCCAAGACUCGGGGUUAGAAUGUAUUGAUUGCCAGAUUUGAAGAGGCAAAACCACUUGGACUGACUGAUUUCCAGCUGCUUGGGAGCUGCGGCGUCAUCUCAUCUGAACGGCACUAUAGACAGAGUACGCCAAGAGGAUCCCUCGCGUAAAAGCAUGUUGCACCAGUCCAGCUGCUCACCCAAGAGUCUCUGCAUCUGAUCCCAGACCUGUCCCCCAAAUCCCUUCCCAAACUACAACUGACCACAGAUCAGCCUUGAGAUCAGACGCACCCCUCUAAGGAGUUCAUCUCUUUACCCUUCACCUUGAACCGGUUUACUGCUAUCCAGUCUUAAGGUUUACAGCCAACGGUCCGAAUCAUCGACCCGGUUCGACACGACCAAGCAUUCCAAAAUGGCUAACAACACUGCGGACCACGCGGCGGCCAACUCGGUGGCGGAUGGCGAGGGUGAGUUUGGCAUCACGGUAAUGGACCUCCGGGAGCUGAUGGAGUUGAGAUCCACGGAGGCUGUCAACAAGAUCACCGAGCGAUACGGAGACGUGCAGGGAAUCUGCCGCAGGCUCAAGACCUCACCUAUUGAGGGUCUCUCUGGAAAUCCAGUGGACUUGGAGAAGCGCCAUGCAGCAUUUGGAAAGAAUUUCAUCCCUCCCAAAAAGCCCAAGACCUUCUUGCAACUCGUGUGGGAGGCCCUACAGGACCUCACCCUCAUCAUCCUGGAAAUCGCCGCCAUAAUCUCCCUGGGCCUCUCCUUCUACCAGCCUCCAGGGGGCGACGCCGAGGCAUGUGGACAGGCGUCAGGGGGCGUGCACGACGAGGGCGAGUCUCAGGCCGGCUGGAUUGAGGGUGCGGCCAUCCUCAUCUCGGUCGUCAUUGUGGUGCUGGUGACCGCCUUCAACGACUGGAGCAAAGAGAAGCAGUUCCGCGGUCUCCAGAACCGCAUCGAGCAGGAGCAGAAGUUCACCGUCAUCCGCAAGGGCCAGGUCAUCCAGAUCCCCGUGGCCGAGAUCGUGGUGGGAGACAUCGCUCAGAUCAAAUAUGGUGACCUGCUGCCGGCUGAUGGAGUGAUGAUCCAGGGUAAUGACCUCAAGAUCGAUGAAAGCUCAAUGACCGGGGAGUCUGACCAGAUCAAGAAGUCCCUGGAGAAGGACCCUAUGCUGUUGUCUGGCACUCACGUGAUGGAGGGGUCUUGUCGGAUGGUGGUCACCGCCAUCGGGCUCAACUCUCAGACUGGCAUCAUCUUCACCCUCCUGGGGGCUGGAGAGGAAGAGGAGAAGAAGGUGAAGAAAGGUAAAAAACAAGGACCCCCUGAAAAUCGCAACAAAGCUAAGACCCAGGAUGGCGUCGCUCUGGAGAUCCAGCCCCUCAAGAGCGAGGAAGGCGCCGAGCUGGAGGAGAAGGAAGAGAAGGAGGAGAAGGAGGUGAAACGGGUCAACGUCACCAAGAAGGAGAAGUCCGUGCUGCAGGGCAAGCUGACGCGGUUGGCUGUGCAGAUUGGGAAGGCAGGUCUGAUCAUGUCGGCACUUGUCGUCGUCAUCCUUAUCCUCUACUUCGUCAUUGACACCUUCGCUGUCCAGGGCCUCUCCUGGACGAAAGAGUGCACCCCCAUCUACAUCCAGUUCUUCGUCAAGUUCUUCAUCAUCGGCGUGACCGUGCUGGUGGUGGCAGUGCCCGAGGGACUGCCCCUGGCUGUCACCAUCUCCCUGGCCUACUCGGUUAAGAAAAUGAUGAAGGACAACAACCUGGUACGGCACCUGGAUGCCUGCGAGACCAUGGGCAACGCCACGGCCAUCUGCUCCGACAAGACCGGCACGCUCACCAUGAAUCGUAUGACGGUGGUGCAAGCGUACAUCGGCGGCACGCACUACCCCUCGGUUCCCGACCCCGAGGCCAUCAAGCCCGAGACCUUGGAGGUCUUGGUCAACAGCAUCUCCAUCAACUCGGCCUACACCUCCAAGAUCCUACCUCCGGAGAAGGAGGGUGGCCUGCCGCGGCACGUGGGCAACAAGACAGAGUGCUCACUGCUGGGCCUGGUGCUGGACCUGAAGCGGGACUACCAGCCCAUCCGCGAGGAGGUGCCCGAAGAGAAGCUCUACAAGGUCUACACCUUCAACUCGGCCCGCAAGAGCAUGAGCACCGUGCUGAAGAACACUGACUGCCCCGGCUAUCGCAUGUACAGCAAAGGCGCCUCCGAGAUCGUCCUGCGCAAGUGCUCUCAGAUUCUUGAUUCCUCGGGUGUGGCCAGGCCAUUCAAGCCCAAGGACCGUGACGAGAUGGUGCGCAAAGUCAUCGAGCCGAUGGCGUGCGACGGGCUGCGGACCAUCUGCGUGGCCUAUCGGGACUUCCCUGGCGAGGUGGAGCCAAACUGGGACAACGAGGCCGAGAUCCUCAAUGACCUGACGUGCAUUGCCGUGACGGGCAUCGAGGAUCCUGUUCGGCCAGAGGUGCCUGAUGCCAUUUCCAAGUGUCAGAGGGCAGGUAUCACUGUGCGCAUGGUGACAGGGGACAACAUCAACACGGCGCGCGCCAUCGCCACCAAGUGCGGCAUCCUGCAGCCCAACGAGGACUUCCUGUGCAUGGAGGGCAAGGAGUUCAACAGGCAGAUCCGCAACGACAAAGGGGAGGUGGAGCAAGAACGCUUAGACAAGGUGUGGCCCAAACUGCGUGUGCUGGCUCGUUCCUCCCCCACAGACAAACACACUCUGGUCAAAGGCAUCAUCGAUAGCACAGUCGGAGAGACCAGACAGGUUGUCGCCGUGACGGGAGAUGGAACCAAUGACGGCCCCGCUCUCAAGAAGGCCGACGUGGGAUUCGCCAUGGGAAUCGCUGGAACAGACGUGGCCAAGGAGGCAUCUGACAUCAUCCUGACAGAUGACAACUUCACCAGCAUCGUCAAGGCCGUGAUGUGGGGACGCAACGUCUAUGACAGCAUCUCCAAGUUCCUGCAGUUCCAGCUGACUGUCAACGUGGUGGCUGUCAUAGUCGCCUUCACGGGUGCCUGCAUCACACAGGACUCUCCCCUGAAGGCUGUCCAGAUGCUGUGGGUGAACCUAAUCAUGGACACACUGGCCUCGCUGGCCCUGGCUACUGAGCCGCCCACAGAGUCACUGCUGCUACGCAAGCCCUACGGCAGGAACAAGCCACUCAUCUCCCGCACCAUGAUGAAGAACAUCCUGGGCCACGCCGUCUAUCAGCUCGUCAUCAUCUUCACUCUGCUGUUUGCCGGAGAGAAAAUUUUCGACAUCGACAGUGGCCGCAACUCGCCACUGCACGCGCCUCCCUCUGAACACUACACGAUCAUCUUCAACGUCUUCGUCAUGAUGCAGCUCUUCAACGAGAUCAACGCUCGCAAGAUCCACGGCGAGAGGAACGUGUUUGAAAGCAUCUACCGCAACCCCAUCUUCUGCUCUGUGGUCCUGGGCACUUUUGCUAUCCAGAUUGUCAUUAUUCAGUUUGGGGGGAAGCCCUUCUCCUGCACGGCGCUCACCAUCGACCAGUGGCUCUGGUGCGUGUUCAUCGGUGUCGGCGAGCUGCUCUGGGGUCAGCUCAUCUCGGCCGUGCCCACGCACCGCCUCAAGUUCCUGAAGGAGGCCGGCCACGGCAUCACCAAGGCCGAGAUGCACGAGGAGGAGAUGAUCGAGGGCGAGGACGAGAUCGACCACGCCGAGAUGGAGCUCCGCCGUGGCCAGAUCCUCUGGUUCCGAGGACUCAACCGCAUCCAGACUCAGAUGGACGUGGUUAACACAUUCCACGGCCCUGUCCCCGGGGCCCUGCGCCGACAGCCCUCCGUGGUCAGCCAGCAAAACGAUAUUAAGGUGGUGAACGCGUUCCGUAGCUCCCUUUACGAAGUCCAGAAGUCCAGAAACUCCAUCCACAGUUUCAUGUCCCACCCUGAGUUCGUGCCCCUGUCUGAGGAGGAGGCCCAGAUCCCCUCCAUCAAGGAGGAUGAAGAUGAGGAGGCGGAGGAGGGAGUGAGUGAGUCAGCCAUCCAGCCCGCCCCCAGCACAAAGUGACCAACAUUCCGCACAAACUGGGACCCCUCCCAACUCCCCCACCUCCCCAAACUCCAUUGAAACAAGAGCACUGCCGGACUCCCAUCUCCUGUCACAGUACCGUGUCACAUCACAGCCUGAUGAUGGGACUGACUCUCUCUCUCUCUCUCUCUCUCUCUCUCUCUCUCACUGUCUAUCUCUCUGUGUCUGUCUCUCUGUCUCCACUUCACUACUGCCCUCUGGUGUUUGCACACCGCUACUACAUCCAUGUACAGACAGCAAGCCAGCGCAGUGGACACCUCCAACCAGAAAGGCAACAGACCAGCAGGCCUGUAACACCCCCCGUUUCAUCGACUCAUCCUCCCCCUUCCAAUUUCCCCCAGUUAUGUUUUGCUAGACAUGUCUGUAAUGCUUUAAAUCUAACAUAUUCUUUCCAAAAGAUGGCUAAACAUUGUAAUUUAGUUUAUUUUUGUUUGUUUAUUUGUUUUUGUUUCUUUUGUAAACAUAUAUUCCAUAAGCAUCUUUAAAUACUUACUAAUGAGCGUGCGUGUAUGUAUGUGCGCAUGGGCGUGUUCUCAGUGCUUCUGUGAUUUCACAUGUGAGGGCCAUUUGAACAGGAUGUCUGAAGCCAAUGGACCGUGGAAAUGAACAGAUAUUGUAACUCAGUUAUUUUUUAUUGUUAUUACUGGGCAGUUUUUAAUUGAUAUUGAGUUUGUGGUUAUGGAUACCAUACGGGCUUGGCCUCGUGAAACACAUCCUGCACUUUUAAAGGAAAAUGUAAUCAAUCUAACAUUCCAUGGUUUUUACUUACUUUACUAAACCGAACUCAGUCAGUGCGUGACGUGUGUGACCAUGAUCAUAACUCUGCUCUCUUCUGAACCAAACAGUCUGAAGGUGAGGCUUUAAAAUCCAACGCCUGCACUGCACCAGAGGAAUGUUGGUGUGUUGACGCUUCUAAUUGCUUUAGGUGUUUAUGUUUAUUACCCACAGACACUACUCUUGAUUGAUUGUUAUUGUACUUCCAUGCACAGGCCCAUGACAAACUACACAAUAUACUGAUGAUAUCAACUGGUAGAUAUCAACUAUCAGUGGGCCACAUCCUACUUGUUUACGUGUGCGUAUGUGAAUGCGUGUAUGCGUGUGUGUGUGUGUGUGUGUGUGUGUGUGUGUGGAAGUGAGUGUGUGUCUGUGUGUAAUGCCUACAUCCAUAGCAUACACUAGAAUUUGUGUGUAUUGCGUGUAUGAAGUUCAUAGGCUACGCAACAGUCAGUGCUGUAAUAUUUACACCAAAACAUCCAUCUUGGGUUUCUGACUAACUCUCAAUACAAACACAGGCUCUGAAAAUUGAACUUCCCCCUUCCCCUGCUCUUAGCUUCAGGAUCAAGUUCCUUUCAGAGGCUCAGCUCUUGUGCUAUGUCCCAGCUUUCUCCAUCCAAAUCUGCAAAAUGCUUCUGUUCUGAAAAUGUUAGAGACCCAUUGUCCAGCCAAAUUGUUAGUUGUCAACAGAACAUCCAAAACAAAAUUGUAUAGCCAAAUUGUUAGUUGUCAACAGAACAUCCAAAACAAAAUUGUAUAGCCAAAUUGUCAGUUGUCAACAGAAAAUCCAAAACAAAAUUGUAUGUGAAAGGGAUCCUUUUUAGUAGGCAAUUACAUCAUUGUACAAAAAAAAGUGUAGGUGGAGGAAUUCCCUUUUGUGUAAUUUCUCAUAGUUGCACUCGCAUAAGCUUACACAUGUUUAUUUUUCUUCUCCUUCAUGGAAAGAAGGGAGUAAUUGAGAAAAGAAAUAAACUUCCAUGGCAUAGACACCUAUUUUAUUACUAAUAACUGAGUACUGCCAUAUUUGAACCUUAUUUUCAUAUCUGCAUUGUGCAGAGUUGUCGACUGCAUGUUUCUACUUCUCAGAGCCAUAUUUUAGGGGUUGCUGUUUAUUUCCGACCAGAAAAAAAAGACAAACUAAGUCACUGCCGAAUGACAAGAGAAAAAAUACGAAGCAGAUCACUUUCAUGUGAGGGGGAUCAAAGUUUGAAAAUAGUAAUAGGCUUCCCCUGCCUACUGAUUGUUUCCUUUGCCUCCUCCCACAGUGACUUAGACUGUGAGCUAGAGAGGCCUCCUGCACGAUUUUCAUAUUGAACUCAGUGUAUCGUUCCUUUUUUAACCACUCCUCUGUGGGUUUUAUAUUUACACUAGUACUUUUUUAAUAUUUAGUAAAAUAGACAAUUAUUGGUGUGUAAGCUGGUAAACCUGAUGACAUUAGUGGAGUGAGCAAAAACAAAAACUAACAUCCCUGUCAUCCUUAUCAAUGCCAUUAUUGAACCAUGCAUUAAAUUAUUCUCUAGUUUUACGGCCAAUUAAAACUAAAUGGUGAUGUUUACCACUGAAAGCCACGUGAUUGAGACACAGGCUAGACUCCGAAGCCUAAAUGGGCUAGCCUCUAGAAAAGUCCACUUUGCCUCAAACUGUUAUUUUAUUGAAGACAAUUGUCAUUGCAACUUUCCUACUCCCUUCUCAAAACAUUUCGUACAAGAUCCAGUUGACUUAAUAUUACACAGAUGUAUGAAAAUGUUUUUUUAUAUAUAAAUAUAUAGUAUGUAUUUUCAUUGUUGUUUUCUUUCUUAUUGCUUGAUCUGACAACAGGUUUAAUUUAUUUUAUGAAUGAGUGGUGCUCACCAUUGACUACAGUUAAUAAUUGAUUUUUAAGUUGAGAUUUUCUCUUAAAAAAGAUUUUUAGCAGAUAGACGUAUAUAUAUAUUUUUAAAAAUCAUCAGAAACUUCAGAUUUGAAAGGACCUGAAUUUGUAUGAAAGGAAAAUGAUGUUCCCAUAAAAAAAUGUUUCUAUUGGACCAACAUCUAUUCUCUAGUGCUUUUUGAAAGUGUUAGUCUGUAUAAUUUCUGCGAUUUCAAUUGUUUUCUCUAUAAUUCUGUUAAUUUCUCAACUCUAUCUUAAUAUUAUUUAUAGUCAGCAUCCAAUGAAUAUGGACAAAUAGGAAGGUAAUUCUAUUAUCUCUAAAAUGUUUUUCAAGCUUUACAGCCCUGCCAAAGUUUUCUACAAUUGCCUUUUAUUUAAUCCCUUUAUUACAGUCAAUCACUGAUUGUUUCUACACCCUUAGUCCAAUUAGUUUUCCCAUAUGAGCCUGGAUUGCAAUUGUUUUAUGUGUUUCAGAGAUUACCCCUGUCCUUAAUGUUUCUUCAGACUUUAUAACGACUUCUGUCCUUUCUGUGCAGUGGUAUGUGAAAGAAAUGCUUUGUCUACCCGGGGCACAACUAUACAAAGGAGGUGAAUAUGUUGUUGGUCAAACAUUGGCCAGUUCAAAUUAAGUACCUGAUUUCUUUUCUAUUUUACUUUGAUACCUCUGGGAAAACAUAGUUAAUGGUAUUGCAAAUGUUUGGCCUGUACAUUGGUUCUAUAUUCUGCCGUGAGCUUCAAUAUGAUGUCCCUUAAGAUGUUGUGCAACUGCAAAACGACAUUGUUUGUCUAACCAUCUUGCGUGAAUGGCUCUUUUUACAACAGAGUUUUGGAGAGGUUACAACUCAAUUGUAAAUAAAAUAAUGUUAAAACUGGAAUAUCACCAAUGUAAGUCACAACCACUUAUUUAUAUGUACCAAGAGCUCAUGCUGUGUUUGACUGUCAUGGAACCCGGGUGGGAAAAGAAAAGAUGACAGAACAUUACAUUCUGUGACUCAUAUGAUGACAGUAAUAAUAAGCACUGGUGUUAUUUUUGUAUAAGCAUAAUAGCAUCUAUGUGGCAUGCAUGAAUUAUAAACAAAUUGGUGGUUCAAAGCAAUACGUACAACCUGGUGCGAUUGGUAUUUUAGUGUCCUGUGUAGCCUAAGCCAUGCUGUGCUGAGAGAAAAAAAUGCUUACUGUUCAGUAUAUGUGUUCAAUGUUCUGCAUGUUUAUGUAUGGAAUGAUACUCCCUCCUGUUUACUUCCUCCAUAAAUUUCCAUCUGCUAUUUUAUUUUUCUCUCUCUCUGUCUCUGUCUCUCUCCCCCUUGUAUCUCUCAUUCUUUCUCUUACACACACACACACACACACACACACACACACACACACACACACAAACACACACAUGUACACACAAAUUCAAAUACUUCAAAUGUUUCUGUUCAUGUAUUUAUGUUGUUCCCUAUUUGUUAGAAAUGAGACACACUCUGACAAUAUUGCAAUGGCUGUGGGGAAUUGCUGACAGAAUUACCCCUGAAUCUUCCUAAUGGUCGAGACUAUCAAAGUAGACAUAAACAUACUAGUACUAACCUUUCAUUACUUCACAAAAAACACCAUUCACCAUUGUCUUGACAUUGAUUUGAGGAGCACAGGACAUUUUCACCAUAUCAUAUACAGUCAUCAUAUAUGAAGUGUCAUUUGAAGCACUACUGAAACUGUUGUAAUUGCCCACAGUGAAAUCACUUGUAAUUCCUUUACCUACUGGCCAAUUGGGACAUCUGGGAGGUCUAUAGGCAUCAAUUUAACUAUUGCCAGAUCCAACUCCAGGAAUUCUUGGAUUCAGUCUGUGAACGGCAAGUGAUGGGAAAAAAAAAGUAGUUUACAUGCAAAUAGAACAUUCCAAAAUCUCAUCCUCAGGAGCAGUUGGUCUCCAUCACCACUGUCUCCUAUAACCUCCUCUCACUUCCUACCCACCAAUGCUCCAGUCUAUUCAUACCCUGCUGGUUACAUAUUAUAUACUAUACAUACAUAACACCCAACUCAUGUGACUUGUGGUCAUUAUGUCCCUCUGCAUUCCAGGAAAUACAGGCAGACUAAAGCCAUCUGAAGGAUGGAUGUGUCAGUUAAAGGUGUAUUUGCAUGGUUUCACUUGACACAUUGAUCCCUUUCUGUAUGUACGCCCUUCUGUAUGGUUGCACAUAAAAAAGAUGUUUUCUAAAUGUUUAGUUCAUGUCAUUUUUUGCUUUCUCAACGAAAGAAAUCUCACUCCUCAUGAGUAACAUUCCGCUGCACUCCAACUUUUCACACAUCUUCACAGCACUAAUUAGUUGUGUCAGACUAGCCACUGACAGUUUGGACACAGUUGAACAAUGAUGUAAUGUGCUGAAAAUCAAGAAAAUAGAAAACAUGUAGUGCCAAAUAUGCUGUGAUUAGUAAAAGAUUACUUUUAUUGUUAUCAGUAACUCAAUUGGCCUCUGAUAAAUGCUCUUAAGCAUGGAUGAGAACAUUCCCGAAAAUAAUCUAUUGCCAUUGUUGUUGCAGAAAGAUCAGGAAGUAGACUUACUCAUGGGCUUUUCAGUCUGCCUAUUACCAGCAUCCUAAUGACUUUAGUUUUAUGCUCUCAUCCUAUUGCUUCUAAUAUGAGCUAUUCCUGUCUUAUAGUGGAGUCUAGGGAAGGCUAAUUAGAUCAGAAAUUUGAAACUGUCUCUUCAGAUCCUAUCCUAACAGAGGAGAGAGGGUAAUGAGAAACCAGUAUCAUACUUGAAAUGAUCAUUUAUUGCUGACAGCCAUAAGCACAGAGCCAACAUUUGUGAACAUGGAAUAGGAUGUGAUGACCACGAGAAAACAUGUCUUUUCUCCACUGUGUCUUUAAAGAUGUUACAUGUUAAAUGUUAGCUGUUAGAUAUUGUGAUACCUGAAAACCUGAAAAAUCUUUAUUAUUUUUUUGUCAGCGCUUAAUAUUUACAACUUAUGAAUAGUGAGAUAAACAGCAGCAACAGAUAUUUAAAUGCCAUGAACACUUUGAUUGUCCUCUUGUCAUGAAGACAUACCUUUACUGAGAACCAAAGGGCUGCAACCUCAGAAGGGCUGCCUGAUGUCAUCCUCCAGCCAUUUCACCCCUCUCUUGUCAGCCCAGCCUCCAGCUACAUCAAAGCCAUACCCCCACCCCCAUCUCCGCUCAGAGCUGAGACUGGAUCCUGUGUCAGAAGAAACGCUCCCCGAGAGCUGAAUGUAUUUUUAUGUUACAGUCACCUAAGCACUAACUGACUGGUUCCACAGUAACACAGGCCUAACGAUGCUCAUUUGCUGUGCAUAAUUUUGAAUAAUAUCUUCUGUGGUGAGUUGUUCUUGCAGCUCUGUGGCUCUCCUGAACAGCAGAUAAAAAACAGCAUGCUCUGUGAUGCAUGAACAUGUUGUCCGAGACUGACAGAUCCUUUGUAGAGUAGUAGCAUAAUAAUAGAUGUGUAGAUCUUCAGAUAGCUCAACCACUGUAUGAUAGUGUAUAGUAGCUGCCUAACUCAUAAGCAUGCUUUGGAAUGUAUUUGGAGAUUCUCAUUUUCACCCAUGUAAAGUAGUUCAGUUUUAUGCUUUUAUGCUACUUGAUGGUCAUUGUGUGAACCAUAGCAACAACAAAUUGUAAGAACUAUACAUUCCAAUCCUAGACGGGACUUACAUAUGGAUGUAGUGGCCCUAUCUUCAAUCUGCCUUUUUUCUCGUGCCCAUAGAUUCACUGUGCACACAUGUUUUCAGUGUAACUCAAAAGCUGCACUUUGUGUAAAUAAACACCCAUUACCGUAAUGUGGUUGGGCCACAUGCACAUGUAUGUGACCGAGUGUGUGCAAUGGUCCCCGUACAGAAGCAUGUUUUCAAGGGCUACGUGAAGGCAGAAGAGGCAAAUUGUUUACAAUAACCUGAAUAUGUUUAUCGUAUAAUAGAUGUCAUAAUCAUGGUCAUUUGUGUCUAGUGUAGUAGUAGUGGAAAUUAGUAGUGUUGAAAUUCAACAUCAUAGAUCUUGCACUUAACAGGGGUUAGUUGAAUUGAGGCAUGGCUUUUCUGUCUGUCUUUUUUAUGAUUUGACACUAUGAGACUGCCGUGGCUUUCCUACUGUUGCCUGUACUGACAUUUCCAGUAUAGCCUAUUCUCUCCUCGCCCUUGCACUAACAUGAUUCAUUAGCUGGACUUGGGUUUGACAGCAUUUCUGUGUGAUGUGUUUAGCCAACAAAACGAUCUUGAAAAAAGCUUCACAACUAAUAGAGCAGGGUGUGUCUCUUUUCUAGCAAAUAUGUGGGCUUGGCUCUCUAUUCUACUUUUUCCUUUUGUAAAUACAAGCCCAGUUUUGUUAAAAAUGUGAAUUCUGAUUGCUUUCAGCUAUGCAACAGAUGUACCCAAUUAGAGCUUCAUUACUAUCAGUUACCUGUACAGUUUUAUUCUGCUCUAUUCCCCUCUUGUGUCUCUCACCACCCUGUUUACAUGUGUUUGUUCUUCCAUCAAUCUCUCCAUUUUAUUACUUUGUACAAAUCUUUUUGUGUAUUAUAUGUGUGUAUGCAUGGGUGUAUGUGUGUGUAUGUAUGUGUGUGUAUGCGUGUGAUGUGCACAUAUUAUACAUUUCUUUACACUUUUUUGUAAAAUAUGAUCAUGUGGAAUGCCUUGUCCUUUCUGUCCUGUCGAGACGAAUGAUAAUCAAGCAAUUGAAGAAAAGUUAUGAUAUAAACAAUAUAUACCAAUCUAUAUGAAUAUAAUAAAGCCAUUAGGAUUUUAAA